CCGCCUACUACGAUACGAGUGGAGAGUUUGGAGUUUUUUUUUACGACCGAUUUGUUCCUGCUACGGUAUGCGAGUAAGUCACAUACUAUCCUUUGGGACAGUACUCGAGUACCGGUAGGGUGAGAUCCUUGUGAAUACCGGGUAGGAGUAACGGUUUCUGUGGUGUUUUCCUGUUGGAACCUGCUUCUUCGGUUACUAGGCCGGUGGAUUGGUGCAUGAGAUGAGAAUUGGGUACGGUAGACUUUCUUUUGUUGUUGUUUUUUGUUUUGAAGGGAAGUGAUAUGAUCUUUUAUUUGAUGUGAUGUUGGUUUCCUUUUGGUUAUCUCAUUUUUUUAGGGCGAUUGGAUUGGUGGUGGAGGGGGAGGUAUCAUAACGGCUUUGAGCUGGAGUUUUAUUCGUCUAUCAAGCCUUCCUUCGCGCCACAUAGUUGCGGGCUGCCACACCUGCAUCAUGCAGCCAAAUAUAUGCAUGCCCCUGCACACCCGUGCUGUACAGUACUCUUGACCUUUGCACAAUUUGUUCAAAGACGCUCAGCUUCGCCCAGCUACCACCAUUUCAAUAGCAAGUCGUCCCCCCCCUCAGACUGUUUCAUAUUCCUCUCUUCCUCUCCUUCCAUCUCACUCGGCUUUUUUCAACUAUUACCUUCCCCUCCUCUCCCCUCCUUCCCGCUUGCUCACUUGUGUUUAUAUUUUUCCGUUUUUGAUUGUUCGUUGCGAGAUGAUCUUCUUUUGAAAUCUGAAUCGUAAAACGGUGUGUGGCAGUAAGCGGACGUUUAGCUUUAUCGUGAAGUGGUCAGAUAUUCUAGGAUCGUCGCGUUUCCAUUCGGCCCACAGUUCGCAGGAGGAACCUGCCGAGCAGAUACUCUUUGUGCAGUGGACAGGGAAUCUGUACUCGCCCUACAUAACGAACAACUCCACAAGCAGCCUUGCUUGCACAGCGCUAAGAAAGUGAUGGAAAGUUAGAAAUCCACAGACUGAUACGUUGACGCCGUACCCUACAAAAUUUUUGACAGUUGCCGAGAAAGAGACCGAGAAGCGAGAGAGAGGAAGAGCGCAGGAAAAAAAAAAUCAAUCAAUCAAUAGCUUUAGGCCGUCGACAAUUCCUUUUUCUUUCUUCUAAUCCUGUCACUUUCUGCUUCGACUUGGCUCUGCUCUUUUUCACUUCUGAUUACCCCUCCGCUUCUUCUUAACCAUUUCUUUAUAUCUUUUGUUUUUAAAACCCUUUAUUUGUUUUCUCUUUCUCUGCUUCUAUUUGCCAUUUUCCCUUUUUUUUCUCUUCUCUGGUUGGCCUAUUUUUGGAUCCAGCUCGUUCAGGCAUUGGGAUUGGGAGAAAGAUCGACCCUCGAGAUUCAAGUGCUGGGGUGAGAAGCCGUUGAAAGGGAGGGCACAGGGCCCGAGUGAGGAAGCUGAGAGCGAGGAAGAGAAAAAAAGUGCGGGUGAGAACAGCUCCGUCGGUUGGACAAAAUAAGAGGGAGAAGGUUUUAGGGGGACAGAGAAAGAGAAGAGAGUGAGGAGGAGUGAAAAAUACAAGCUUGAGUCGGGUUUGGACUGGCUUCCUUGAGGUAAGCGGAUCUUGACAGGAGGGAGACGGUUGGCCGUCUCACAUGUCUGCUAUCUGUCUCUGCUGCUAGCGUUUCCAUCGAAAUUCCUCGUUCCCCCCCCCCCCCAAAUCCCAGCCCUGCCAGCCACCCAGACUCAUCGUCACAGAGGCUGUUCCGAGGAAUAAAACCCCAAUUACACCCAAGGGGGAGGCUGUGGCAGUGAAGCCCGCAGAAGAAGUGGGAAGUGGUUCCAGUGGUUUGGAAAGCCUUUUCUUUUUCUUUUUUUUCUUUUUCCCCACCAUCUCCGUCAUUAUCAUCACUUUUAUUCCACCGCAUUCGCGAGCAGAUAGGGACAGCGGUAAACAGGGAAGGAAAAUUACAAGAAUAGCAGAGGUACAAACCACCGGACGGAUCAGCUAAUUAAUGCAGCAACCGUCUAAGCAGGACCCCUCGGCAAAGACGAAACUGCCGUCACCGUCUCGCGUCAUCCCAGGACCGCUGCCUGGUGUUGCCUUCAUCAACCUCCUUGCCUAUUUCACUUCUACAGUGUCGGUCACCGUCGCCACAAACCUUCUUCAGCCCUGAGCUUUGCUAUAGACACCGCUUCUCGGAAUGUUGCCUUCACCCGCUUUCCAUCGACAUCAGAGUGAUCAGACGGGAGCUCGAGCUGCCGCUGCACCUAUACUAAUGUCCAAACUUCUACAUCCUUCCAACCCUAACGCUCCGAAUCCGCACUAUUUUCAGCACCACCAACCUAAUCUUCAACACCCGAGUAUUUCACAAGGCCUGCCUACUCGACCAAUGUAUCGAGCCCAACCCUUCUCGGCAGCCGUGCCCACCCCUUCCCAACAUACGUACCAGGAGAACUUACUUCGACGGAAGACGCCAUCGGGCACCCUCCCCGCUGCGUAUGACGCGGCCCCGAUGGAGUGGUCCAGGCCAACUAAACACAUUCUCCUUCCCACACCGCAAUCAAAUAGCCCACAAGUCCAUUCAGACCCUCAGCUUACGAGACAUUUAUCCUGGGAUAAUAACGUUGGGCAAGGAGUGAGACCCUGGGAUGGGGGAGGGGAAUUGAGAAGUGCGGAUAUGAUAGUUGGUGGAGGAAAUAUUGCUCCAACAAUGUGGGUCACCCAGCCUAGUGGUCAGGCAUCGUUGGACGACAACCUAGACCCAUAUGUUCGACAGUUUUUACUUCAGCAAAAUCAGAUGGUUCCACCAAUAUCCGAUAACAUCUACAUAGGGGGGAGGCCUUGUGGUUUUCAACCUUUCUACAACCCUAUAACAGCACCAACCGCUUCCUGCGAGGAUUUUAAUAGUUUAAUGAGCUGCGGUAACUACAAUCCCGUGCCGAGAGAUAGCAACUGGUACGGUCAUUAUGGUGCAUGGGGGAAUGGAAACACGACUCCUACGCAGCUACCACAAGCUCCUGUAUACUAUGUGAACUCGGUUUAUACUCCAUCGCCGCAUCAAACAAAUGGAGCCCUGCUAUGGACAUCCCAGCAGCUUCCAGCAAUAGAUUCUGUUUCUGUAUCAACAUUUCCGCCGCACAUAACGUCGCCAUAUCCACUGAAUUCCCCCUUGGUAAAUACCCCUGAGGUUCAACUUCAGCAUCUUCAGCUUGAUGGGCCAAGCUCCAAUCCUGCUCACCACGAUACCACAAACCCUCAGUUUCGGGAUAAGAUCUUAACAUGGGCUCAUGGAGUUUAUGUCGACCUUCUGGCUGCUCUGCAAGCGCAGCAGAGACAGCCAGAGGGUAAUUCUCCGGAAGCUAAUAGGUCACGGACACAGUUAAAGGUUAGAUUAUUUCCUCGGCCUCCGUUACAAUCUCAGAUGGACAACUGGCGAUCUAAUAAUGCCCGUACCCAACAGCUCUUUUCCGCGCCAAGCCCCAUGCCUGACAAUCCCUCUGAGCACAGCACUCAUGGUAUUUGGUCCAGCGGUGAGCAAGCUUACGAGAAGAAACAGCCGAGGGAUUGCUACUCUGCAGGCUCAUUACACCCAGCUUCUAGUGGCAUCGGUAAUAAUGCGGCACACAUGCUCAAUAUUACACCCCUUGGUGGCCUUGGUAGUGUGAUCAAUCAAAGGCCAUCAUUAGCGACUGCCUCAGCUAUGGCGGCGUUGGACAUGUUGAACGAGUUAUGUGCGGGCAGUAAUUGGGUUUGGCUUGACGGGAUGCUUUUGGGAGGAUGUUUAGCAUAUGGUUUGGGUGACCUAAAUAGAGCGAUUGACUGGUAUUCCAAAAUCUUGGAGGUGGAUCACGGUCACGUGGAAGCAUUGUCAAAUUUAGCUGCGACGCUUCUUUCUUUAAACCGACGUGAGGAAGCAGAGCAAUAUUGGAUUCGUGCAGUCAAGAAACGCCCCAGUUAUUUCGAAGCAGUUGAACAUUUGGUCGGUCUGCUUUGUGGCGAGCACCGCGGGAAAGAGGCUGUCGAUAUCAUCAAUUUUGUCGAGUCUAAGCUUCGCCGCCCAAACCGCUUGAAUGGAAGAAAUCCUAGUCUUAGCAGCAGUGGGUCUGGUGAUGAAUCGGCCUCAACGUCUCUUUCAGCUUCACCAGAGUUAAAGUUUGAUUACGACGCAGAGGAAAACCAUGCCAAAUUUCCUUCGGCUAAGAGCGCUGUAUACCAUGGAUCGAGCGAAUUCCUUAUUCCCUCCUCCGACAAUGGUCGUAUGCUAGCUUUGAUACAUGCAAAGGGAAAUAUGCUCUAUACAUUGGGGGAUAAUGCUGGCGCGGCCAAAGCCUUUGAGGAUGCCGUAUUGCUUGGUGCUGACAUGCAACGUGGUGGAAUAAAGGGGCUAAUAAACAAGAUUCUUGCUGCACUUAGACCAGCCGUCGAUGGUGUCUGCGCCUCGGAAAAAUUGUCUACAGCUAAUCCAGGUGCAGUCUUGCUAACACCGGAGAAGGCUGUUCUCACCACUAAGUUCGUGUUCCCAACCGGAGAACUCCCGGGACUACGCGAUAUUCCAAGUGCGGCAGCCAAGCGAGCGGCCAUAUCCACUGCAAGUAAUUCCUUACUUUCACUCGCAAAAAUAUUCCAAGACGGUAUGUCGUCCGGGCAUGGGGCAGGUGCGGGAGGGCCAAGGUCAGCUGCCGACGUCAAAGAUAUCCUAGCCCUGUACUAUCUUUCCCUUUCAUUACACCCUAGCCCCUCGACGGCCAAUAAUGUCGGCAUUUUGCUAGCUAGCGUUCAGCAAGUGUCUGCGUUGACGACAUCACCGCCUUCUAUAAUUCCGCGGUCGCCGGGUGUUGGGCAGGCAUCUGGCAUCAAUCUUGCAUUGCAGUACUAUCACUUUGGUCUCAGCCUUGAUCCACGCCACGCGCAUUUAUAUACCAAUUUAGGUAGCCUGCUCAAGGAUAUCAACCAAUUGAAUGCAGCAAUCAAAAUGUAUGAACAGGCUGUUGCCUGCGACCCUACUUUCGAUAUUGCGCUCGCGAAUCUAGCCAAUGCGGUCAAGGAUCAGGGUCGCAUCGGUGACGCUAUCGAGUUUUACCGCAGGGCAGUGAAAGCUAGUCCAGAAUUUGCGGAAGCUGUGUGCGGAUUAGCAAAUGCCCUCAAUAGUGUUUGCGAUUGGAAGGGAAGAGGCGGCAUUAAAUCCUUGAAUGAAUAUUCCAGGCCCACAGUUCCAUCAAGCCUGUCAACCCCAAGCGCCCCAACAGUUCUCCCAUUCCAUACAUUCACCUGUCCGCUUUCGGCCAAGCAAGUCAGAAUGAUCUCUCAGAGGAAUGGUUUGCGAAUAUCCUGUUCUACAUUACGAGCCCCAUGGCUUCCGCCUCAUGUUUUCCCACCACCAGCGCCACCAGCACCCUGCCUGAAAAUUGGCUAUGUUUCAUCAGACUUUAAUAAUCACCCUCUAGCCCAUCUAAUGCAGUCCGUGUUUGGCCUCCAUGACCCAGCCCGCGCCAAAGCUUACUGUUAUGCUACCACAGCGAGUGAUAACUCAGAGCAUAGGAAACAGAUUGAGAGGGAAUCACCUGUGUUCCACGAUGCCCACAGCUGGGGGCCAGAUCGUUUGGUCCAACAAAUUGUCAACGACGGCAUCCAUAUCCUAAUUAACCUUAAUGGCUUUACACGAGGUGCCCGGAAUGAGAUAUUUGCUGCUAGGCCAGCGCCAAUUCAAAUGAGCUUUAUGGGAUUUGCUGGCACUUUGGGGGCCGAGUGGUGUGAUUAUCUUUACGCCGACUCGACGGCAAUUCCUAAAGAAACUCUGCGACCCUGGAGACGAAAUGUCGAUCUUGAGGAUGAAGGACACGAAGGCACAACAAGUGAUAAUGGAGAAUGGGUUUAUUCAGAGAAUAUUAUAUUUGCCAAGUACAGCUUUUUUUGCUGCGACCAUAGGCAGAGCGCGCCGGAUUCAAAAUCAAGACAAUUAGGCUGGGAGGAAGAGCAGACACGUCGGUGGGCGAAAAGGAAGGAGCUAUUCCCUCAACUUAAGCCGGAUAAUGUAAUCCUUGGAAACUUUAACCAGCUAUAUAAAAUCGAGCCAACAACCUUUAGAACCUGGCUCCGAAUCCUCUCCCGCGUGCCCAAAGCCGUCCUCUGGCUCCUCCGUUUUCCCGACCUCGGCGAGAGCAACCUAAAAGCACUCGCAGUGGCCUGGGCGGGGGAAGAAAUCGCCUCCCGCAUAAUCUUCACAGACGUUGCUCCAAAGCUCCAACACAUAUCCCGAGCACAAGUCUGCGACAUCUUCCUCGACACGCCGGAAUGCAACGCACACACUACUGCUGCAGACGUCCUUUGGUCUGGAACGCCAUUACUGACCUUCCCACGACACAAGCACAAAAUGUGUUCCCGCAUCGCCGCUUCUAUUCUCCGUGCUGCAGUCCCGCAGACGCCGGAGGGGAAGGCGAUGGCUAAUAGUCUUAUUGUUGAUAGCGAGGAGGAGUAUGAAGACCGGGCGGCGGCGCUGGUGUCCAAUCUCGUUUACGAUAAUGAUGAGGGGAGGGGAGUUGGGCAAUUGGGGACUAUCAGGCAGGUGCUGUUUGAACAUCGGUGGAAGUCGGCGCUCUUCGAUACAAAACGCUGGGUGCGCGAUUUGGAAGAUGCCUAUCAUGAAGCAUGGAGAAGGUGGGUUAGUGGUGAGGGGGGGGAUAUCUAUCUUGAAGGGGUUCAGAAGAUGAAAUGAUAUGAUACCUUGCUUUCCUUUGCUUUUGUUAUACCCAUACCAUUAUACCAUACCCAUCAUAGCGUACCUUAUCCCUAGCAAGCGGAAAAUGCCCCUCUUUCCUAAACAGCAUGCAUCCUGUACCCAUCUUCUGUUGUUUUCAUUUUUUCGCAUUUUCUAUUCCUUAUUCCUUUUGCGGGCGAACUGGGCAGUUGUUUUCUUCUUAUUUCAUUCAUUAUUAAGAACCAGCAUGGCGGGGGUAGAUUUUGCGGUUGCUUUAUUGCUUGCUUGCUUGCUUGCUUGUUCACAGCCUUGCCUCAUAGUAUUUUUGAUCAUGGCUUAACUUAGCGAGUUGGCCUAGCUCUGCUUAUUUAUCUGUUGAAGAUCACGAUUUGCGUGGGCUGGGGGCUGGGUAUGGUUAGGCGAACCGGUUUAUUAAACUUAUACCUGUGACCUCUUCGACAAAUAUGCAAUAGGUGGCAAGCUAUUUGGUGUUUGGGUGGAGUCUUCGAGGGAAAAGAAAAAAUCAAGUCUCAUUUUUACUACUUAUGUCGGGGGUGGGUUGUUGGUUUAGUCUGGUGUUUUUAUGAUGGGUUUAUUGGGUGUGUAUACCGCAGUCUGCGGGUUUUGUGGAACUAGUAUUGGAUUGUUAUGCCUUUUGGGAUGGUAUCAUAGGGUGUUUAGAUGGUUGAAUCGUUGGGUUGGAUUGCAGGGGAAUUC